AUGGAGGCUGAGCGUCCCUCCCCCCCCCUCCCCGACUCAGUCCUACCAACAUCAGAGGCGCACUCGCGUGGAGAAGCGAUGCCCUGGAAAUUGCCUUUUAGAUGUCCCCUCGUCAAAAAGGAAAAUGGCGUGACGUCGUCGCUGCCGGACAAACCCAUUGACCUGAAGAACUACCCGCGCAUGUGCGAGCUGCGCCGGAAGUUCCCAGUGCUGUACAAGGUGGAGUUCCAGUUAACUUAA